GCGAAGACAAGAGAAAACAAGAGGAGACAAGACAAGAGAAGACAAGCAACGACAAGACAAGAGAAAACAAGCGAGAACAAGAGGAGACAAAAUAAGACAAGAGGACACUAGAGAAAACAAGACAAGAGGAGACAAAAGAAGACAAGAGGUGACAGAAAAAGACAAGACAAGCGAAGACAUGAGAAGAGACAAGUGUAGAGUUCAGCUCUUUCUCUGUCACACACACACGUGUUAGCUGCAGUAGCAUAACAUGGCCACUUGGUGUCGUAACAGCACGUGACUGCAGUCCUCCGGGUGUGACGUCAUCGCCUGUCUGCGCUGUCACGGAAUCAAACAUGGAGAGAAGGCGAGCAGCAGCAGAUGAUGAUGAUGAUGCGGCUCAUCUGGAGCCUUCCUCACCGACACCCGCGCACCGUCACCGGUCACCGCGCUCCACAAUACUCCGGCGAGGGAGGAGGUAGAGGAGGGAGGCCGUGAUACGAGAGCACGUAACACACACCGGAGCGGAUACUAGGAGGGAACCGGAGUCGCCGCUGCCGCUACUGUUGCCGCUACUUCUGCCGUUGCCGCUGCCGCUGCCGCUACUGUUAUCGCUGCCGUUCUCGCUACCGCUGCUGUUGCCGCUCCACUGCCGCAGGCCCGUAAACAUGAAGAAGCCGCACCGCCCUGCCGUGGCGGGAGAUUUUUGACCGGAGGUGAAACGGAAAAAAUGUGUGAGGACACGCGCCCAGACGAUGACAGCUACAUCGUGCGCGUCAAAGCGGUGGUGAUGACCCGUGAUGAUUCCAGUGGCGGCUGGGUGGCACAGGAUGGCUGCCUGAGCAGAGUGGGCGUGUCCAGGCUGCUGGCGUGCGAGUUGCUGGGACGCCGUGUGUUUGUCAUCCAUGGAGAACGCAUCAAAGACCGGCAGGUGGUUCUGGAGUGUGUUUUGAAGAAAGACCUCAUCUACACCAAGGCCACGCCCACAUUCCACCACUGGCAGGUGGACAACAGGAAGUGUGGUUUAACCUUCCUAAGUCCGUCUGAUGCCCGAGCCUUUGACCGCGGUGUGAGGAAGGCCCUCGAGGACCUGACGGAAGGUUCGACCACAUCCUCGUCAACGCUGCAGAAUGAGGCGGAGCUUGGCGACGAUGACGUCUUCAUGACGACCACUGACAGCUCGUCCAGCUCCUCCCAAAAGAGAGAGACGACCAUGCGUGCGCUGGCCCCACCCACUAUCUGCGAGCCCCGUCUGCACCACUGUAUCCUGGGACAUCUGUACGAGCAGCCACGCCCCUCGGAUCACUACUUCCUGGACCAGGCUGUGCACAUGUUUCCCUGUCACGUUAGCUUCCCGCUGGACGAGGAGAUUGUACGCAUCAGUCCCCGCGAACAGACCUGGCUCACUGGUUACGAGGAUUAUCGCCACGGCAACGCAACGCGACACAAACUCACACAGCCCGACGACCUCCGCGCCUGCAUACAUUUCACCAAGAGUGAGCCGCCCAAAUGUGACUACGAUUUCCCGUACCCGCUGAGUCGCGACGCCCAGCGAGGAUGUAACGGUAAACUCAGCCGAGCAGCGGUGGCGACGGCACAGCCGCGAGCGCUACAGCCCAAUGGACAGCAGAGGGAGGAGGACGGCGAGCGUUCACGCUGCGUGUACUGUCAGGACAUGUUUAACCGCAAAGACAAUGGGCGGGGCCACUGCCAGGAAGCACCUGACCCCAUCCAGACCUGCAUCCGGCGCGUCAGCUUCAUGUGGUGUGCCGACAGCUUGCUCUACCACUGCAUGUCGGACCCGGAGGGCGAGUACUCGGACCCGUGCUCCUGCGACACCGGCGACGAGCGCUUCUGCCUGCGCUGGACGGCGCUGGUGGCGCUGUCGCUGCUGGCGCCGUGCAUGUGCUGCUACGCCCCCCUCAGGGCGUGUCACCGCUGUGGCGUGGCGUGUCACUGCUGCGGAGGGAAACACAAAGCCGUGGGCUGAGGCGUCACAGGUGGGCGUGGACUCGUUGGAGGAGGAGGAGCCUGUCAUCGUGUUGCUGUCGUCUUUUGUUGACGUUUGUCUCGUCUCAGAUUCACAGGAAGCUUGUCUGAAAAAACCCUCAAAAAUGUUCAUUUAUAUGUAAAAUGAUGUAAAUGUAAAGAUCUAUAAAAGAAGUCACUUUAUAUUUUUACACUCAUGUGUUGAAGACUUGAACCUGUGCUUGUGUGUGUGUGUGUGUUAUCAUCAGGUCACAUGACGCUGACACAUAGUCAGCACUAACUGUGCUGUGAGCGCCCCCUGCUGCUGAGACAGAGGCUCACUCUCAGUGAAAACAUGGCACAGAUUUUAGCCUCUUAAUAAAAGACUUGUGUGAUGAAAUCUAUGUCAGUUUAAGUCUACGAUAUCUGCGUCACAUGAUCACGUCUUUAUCUCACUGUUACACAGACGUUUGUAAACCACUCACUCUCCCACACCAAAGUCCACAGAGAAGAUCAGUGAUUUUAGCUGGCAGGGACACAGGAGCUGCUGGUCCUCUGCUGCCUCGUGUGGUCACUUUGAAGUUACAAAAUAAGACAUUUGAACAUAUUUGAACACAGUGGAUCAACAACUCCUUAAAUUCACUGAUUUUCUCUCUGGACUUUGGUGUGGGAGAGUGAGUGGUUUACUUUUUAAAAAUGUUUUUCAAAUGUGUAAUUUUAAGACUUUAUGCUCAUUUCUCAAUAUGUCGCUAUCUGCCACCAGGGGGCGUCUCGGUCGGGUGAUUCCGUUGUAAUUUCACAGUUAUAGGUGAGACAUUUUAACUGUAGCGCCCCCUGACGUAAUUCUUAUUGGUCAAAUUGUUGUAACUCCACAUUUCAACUGUGUGAAUAUAC